AAUGUGUAUAAAGACAAAGCUCAGUUUUUCCUGCUCAAACACAGAGGAAGCAGAGAUUGACUGACAGAAGGUUCCACCAUGGCAAAGAUCAUCUUCUACGAGGGCAGGAACUUUGAAGGCCGUCACUACGAGUGCAUGAGUGACUGCGCCGACCUCCACUCCAUGUUCGAGCGCUGCCGCUCCGUCAGGGUGGAGAGUGGCAUGUUCGUGAUCUACGACCGUCCUGGUUACACGGGAAACCAGUUGUUCAUGAGGAGGGGGGAGUAUCCGGACUACCGGAGCAUGUCCACCAUGAACGACUGCGUCAGGUCCUGUCGCGUGGUCCCCAUGCACAGCGGCACCUUCAGGAUGAGACUGUACGCGCACUUCGACAUGAGAGGUGAGACGAUGGAGCUGACGGACGACUGUCCCAACCUCAUGGAGCGUUUCAGAAUGUCCAACUUCAACUCCUGCAACGUGGUGGAUGGCCACUGGCUUCUGUACGAACAGCCCCGCUACAGGGGGCGCCACUACUACUUGAGGCCCGGCAUGUACAGGAGCUUCAGUGACUGGAGCGGCAGCAACUCCAGGAUCAGCUCCGUCAGGCGUCUCAUGGAUCUCUAAAGACGGAAGAAUGUUUCUGGUGAAAUGCUUGCUCUUUGCCCUGUUUCACACGCUGAAUAAAAUGGCGUCAGUGAUCAAGUGUUUUCAGUUUUGUUCUUGCUCUCUGCGUUUGGAGGGCACGUUUUUUCAGGAGGAUGUGACGACGUCUUGGCUGAACAUCCUGACUCUGAUCAGAGGACUCAAUAAAAUACUUCAAACACUGA